AUGCAGACAUUAUCAAUUGUAAAGAUUGAGAACCCAUCUUGCCUCUGGGGUCGGGUUGUUUGGGGUUCUGGUGACGACACAAAGACCACAGAUCAUUACAACAAUAUGUUGACCCAGAUGAACCUCUUCUACCAUGACAUCACCCAGGACCUACGCAAGCUGAAGCCCACAUCGUUAGAAGAAGGAGAGGUGUGUGUGGUGUAUUGGGCAGCGAUAAAGUCAUGGUGUCGGGCUGUGGUGGAGUCGAUCUAUAUGGACUCUAUAUCCUGCCAAGCUCGCUGCCGCCUGGUUGACCAUGGAGAACGACUCGUCAUCUCUUCAGAUCAAAUCCGCCUGGCGGUGCCCAGCUUCUUGCAGCUGCCUUUCUGGGUGAGGAAGUUCCACUUGGCAGGAAUCAAACCAACAACCCUGCGAGUGUCUGUGUUUGAGGAGAAAGCCAAGCUCAUUCAGUCCACUCAGUGGGACAGCUCUGCCACACUGUAUCUGCACAACCUGCUGCAAGCAUCAACUCAGACAGAAGCUGUGUUGCUUGAAUCCGAAUCAGACUCUACCUCCAUAGAGCUCUACCUGACCGUUAGUAACAUCAAGAUCUGUGUAAAUGAAGAAUUGGUUGCCAAAAGGUUUGCAUAUUAUAGCAGAGAUUCUGCUGACAGUGAGGGCCUGGAUGAAGGGGACCGGUUGCCUGUCAUGUUGUCCUCCAGCAUCUUAACCCAAAUCGUCUCCACAGCCUCAAACAAACUAAUAACACAAAGCCAACCACCUCCAGUGACAUCACAGAGUCCACCUGCAGCUGGUGCGGUUGAUUGGCUGACAGCUUCCUCUCCAUUUGAGAGCCAGCAGCAUGAUCUAGUGACCUCCAAGAGAGACUAUCAAGUAAAGAUCACAGGACAACAGUUGUCUCCCAGCAGCCAAUCCAGCAGUAGCUCAGGUGCUGCAGCUGCUCCAGAGAGUGACCCAUCAGAGGACACUGACUCUUCUCUUGCUGCAGCUCUGGCUAAAAACCUCAGUCUGUUCAGCAGUGUAAGUACAUCAGUAGAGGUAGAACAAGGAGAAGCAGAGGAGACCCGGAGGAGUGACGAAGACUGGACCUGUUCACGCCUUUUGGAGUGGUUGAACCCAGGGCCUCUGAACACCGAUCCAGAUGCUGCAGUAGAUGGGGUAUCUCGCAGUGAUCCCAGCAGCAGUGGGAUUCUGGUGCACUCGGCUCUCCCAGUUGAACCCUGUAGCAGCGUGGCUGACGCCCCCAUCACAGAUGCUCUCCGCUCGGUGUUACGAAGGAAGCAAUACAGCACUUUAUCUACAGCUGACUGUUACAGCUGGCCAGCUGUUGCUCGAGGAUGCAACACUCUGAUUGUUUCCCACAACGCUGACCAGCCGUUGAGCUACCUCCCCCCACUUCUCACCCACAUUCUACUCAAUUCCAUCUUCGCCUCUGUCGCCUGCAGCUCAGGGCCCAUAGCAGUGCUGCUGUGUCCAGGCUGGGAGAAGGUCCAGGCAGUGUUUGACCUGCUGGAGGAGAGUAAUGUUGCCCGGAGCCUCCACCCCAUCAGUGUGCUGCUUGGCAUUGGCAAGGACGAGGCCGAGGCCUUCAAGAUUCCCAAAAACUGUCUGCUGUUGGUGACUACUCCUUUCUCUCUGGUUCGUCUGCUGUCUUGUCACUCAUUCCUGUUCCUGCGGCUGUACCACUUGGUGCUCGAUGAAGCUGACCAGCUCUUUACUCUUGCACCAGACCAGAUGGUGUCCAUCUUGCAGCAUUUCCGAAAGGUGACCUCCAGCGAGAUGACAGCUUCCUGUCCUCAGCAGCUGGUUGCCAUUGCGAAAAGAUGGACCAGUCAUAUGGAGGGUUUGUUAGCCGAUCACAUGCCGUACCCCUGCAUUGUCAUAACUGUCCCUCAGGAAGCUGCUUUCUACGGGAACAUUCAACAGAUCACUCUCAUGACUGUGGAGAGCAGUAAAAUCUCAAUACUGUUGGGUGCAUUGGAUUUCAACCCUGAUGUUGGCCAGAAGACUCUGAUCGUAGCAAACUCGGUUCAGGAGGUUGAAGACGUGUUUAAGGCUGUGAGCAACAAAUCUGCGUUCUGCCUCAAGAUCCAUGAGGGGUUAACACACCGGUUUGACUUUGCCAUCCAGCAGUGGAGAAAAGACAUUGGUCCCGGCACUCAAGUUAUUCUGGUGACCACCAAUGGAUGCGUGAAGUGUUUGGGCAUCACAGAUGCAACUUGUGUUGUCCACUGUGGUUUUCCCACCUCUCCCAAACUGUUUGGCAGCCGACUCUUCUGCAUGGCGGAAAACUUCAGAAACCUUUCAGAACAAGGUCAAAGAGAGAGCUGCCCUUAUGUCGCCCGGUCAGUGCUGCUCAUUUCAGAAAGAAACGCUCGCCAUAUUGUUGGGAUUCUGCGCUACCUACGACGAACUAAUGCCCUGCUGCCUCCUGAGCUGCUGUCCUUCGCACAGGGCAUACAUGUGGCCCGGGAAGAGCAGAAGACAGACCGCCCUCUCUGCAGCUACGUGAAGAGCUUUGGAGUCUGCAGAGAAAGCAGUUUGUGUCCUGACCGUCACAGAUUCAUUUCCCAACUGGAUCAGUCUGAGCUCCCUGCAUCUGGAGUCAUAGAAGUGGUACCUCUGUACAUUAAGACGGCAUCGGUAUUCUACGGUCGUAUUGUCAAGAAGGAGGACAGCCGUUUUGACAAAAUGUCCUCUGAAAUGGCUUCUUAUUAUGCUGAAAAGAAACCUUUAGCCAAGGAGCUACUGGAAGGAGGCUUAUAUGCUGUGCAGGACGACAAGGUCUUCCACAGGGUGAAGAUCCUCUCUGUGCCAGACAAACGUGAUUGCCUGUUUUUUAGCGUGUUUGCUUGCUUCAUUGAUGUGGGAAAGGAGGAGGAGGUGAAAUCUUACCAAAUCCUUCAUCUGCCAGAGCAGUUUCACUCCCUGCCUGGCCAAGCUGUGGAAAUCAUCAUCUGCCGAGUCAAGCCGGUUGAUGCUGAGAAUAACUGGCAUCCCAAGGUCACCAGGACAAUCAGCCAGAAAAUCCGAGGCCUGCAGCAUCGAGGCAGAGCAGUUCUCAGUCUGGGAAACACUGUUUUUGUUGAUCCUAUGGUUCGGGUCACCCAGGUGCCAGGUGUGAAAACGCUCAUAAAUGAAUACAGCAUCCAGUCUGAGAUCUUGACCACAGGGAUGGGAAUCAGCAACCCUAUGCAUCUGGACCUGCUUAGGGCACUGUGUCAAGAGGGUCCAUCUGGCAGUUGCAAGGAGGCAGAACACACUUCUAGGCAGCAGGAUGGUGUGCCUGAAGGUGCUCAUCAAAGCAACCAGCAGCAGCUCAUUGGCCCUGGUUCAACAGAUUGUGAUGACUCGACUAUCAGUUUCCACCCUCAGGUCCGUUGGUAUCAAACAUCCGAUUCUGUGACUCUAAGAGUGAAGCUGAUGAACCCUGAAAAUCAGUGCUGUGAUUUCUACCCUGACCGAGUCGUUUACAGUGGCAGAGUAAAUGGUCGGUCCUACAGAGUCGACUUGGAGCUUCACCAAAAUAUCGCGGCAGACUGUUGCUGCUUGCAAAUGAAUUCCAGUGAGCCAGUUCUCAUACUAGUUAAACAGCAGCAGGGAUACUGGGAAAAACUCGUCAGGAACAAGAAUAUGUUUGUCAGUUAUGACAUGGAGCACAUUGAUGAUGAUGAUGAAGACAAAACUCCAAAUGGUCUGUGGUUUGUGGAAAACACAGGAGAAGAUAACUGGUAUCUGAAUUCAGAGAGCACCAGUGACAGUGACUGA